UUUGGACCAAUCAGAGAUCAGGACACGAAAUUUAAAUCUCGCCAUUUUCAAAUAUUUGACCGAGCAAGUGUUUAAUUUAGGCUCCGACAAAGACGGAUUUUAGCAGUAUCUCCAUCGGAGUUAGCUAAAAGAUGACGGAUAAAGAGACCAGAGUCCCAUUGCGCCCUGUGCAGGAGGGUCAGAUCAAGACUGCUUCUUCAACAUAUGAAAAGCCUGCAUCUACAACUUCUGAAAAACCUGCAACUGAAAAAUCUACAACUGAAAAAGAUACCACAUCUGACAUGAAAAGGUGGACUCUUGAGAACUUUGACAUAGGAAGACCGCUAGGUAAAGGCAAGUUUGGCAAUGUGUAUCUGGCCAGGGAGAAAAGGAGCAAAUUCAUAGUUGCACUCAAGGUGCUGUUUAAGUCUCAGCUUCAGAAGGCACAGGUUGAACAUCAGCUGAGGAGAGAGAUUGAAAUACAGUCACAUCUCAGACAUCAACACAUUUUACGGCUCUAUGGUUAUUUCUAUGACAACACUAGAGUCUACCUCAUCCUGGAAUACGCUCCCAGGGGUGAGCUCUACAAAGAACUACAGAAAUGCAACAGAUUUGAGGAAAAGCGCACUGCAACAUAUAUACACCAACUAGCCUCAGCACUACAGUAUUGCCAUAGCAAGAAGGUUAUUCACAGAGACAUCAAACCAGAGAACCUUCUACUUGGUCUACGUGGUGAACUAAAAAUAGCUGACUUUGGAUGGUCAGUCCAUGCCCCUUCUUCGAGGCGUGCUACACUAUGUGGUACCCUUGACUACCUCCCCCCAGAGAUGAUUGAAGGAAAAAUGCACGAUGAGAAGAUUGAUCUUUGGAGUCUUGGAGUUCUCUGCUACGAGUUUCUUGUUGGCAAACCUCCUUUUGAAGCCGAUGGUCACAGUGAGACAUACAGACGCAUUUCUAAAGUUGACCUCAGAUUUCCCAGUUACGUCGCAGAAGGAGCUAGAGACCUUAUCACAAAAUUAUUGCGUCAUGACCCAGCAAAGAGACUACCACUAGAGGGUGUAUUAGUACAUCCAUGGAUCCAAUCAAAUUGCAGUAAUUAUGCCCCACCUUCAUCAUAGCGGAGGAUGUGUACAUAGACAGAGAACAGUUGUAAAUACAUCAGUGUGAGUCACACCCUGGAGCAGUAGCAAUCGAUGGAUUACAAAACAGUUAUGCAAUGCUGAUAUCAAGAAAUAAUCCAUUCAUUGAACUAAGAGGAACCGUUUCAAAGAACAGAAAUAUUCAGGAUAAUAUGCCAUAUGAAACGUAUAUUACAGUACUGUGUUAUAUUCCUUGUGAAUAGACCUCUAAGACAGAAGAGGAACUUAAUAAUUAUGUGUCAAACAAAACUGUACAGUGACCGAUACUUGCUUGGGUC